GAGCUUCCCUGGUAUUCUUUUCUUAUUCCUCUGCUUGUCUUCAUUUUCCUCCUUCAUUAGCGGUUCUUUACUUCUUCAAACACCCAAAAAAGGUUACCACCAUCUCCAAGAAAGCUUCCAAUCAUAGGAAAUUUGCACCAACUUGGGCAGCAUCCUCACCGUUCUCUCCAUAAACUAUCUGAAAAAUAUGGUCAUGUCAUGCUACUUCAUUUGGGCAGUAAGCCAGUGCUCAUUGCUUCGUCUGUUGAAGCUGCUCGUGAUAUCACAAAAACUCAUGAUCACGUCUGGUCAAACAGACCUAAAUCUAGCAUCGCUACUGGACUCAGUUAUGGCUCCAAAGACGUGGCCUUUACUCCCUAUGGUGAAUACUGGAGGCAAAUUAGAAGUGUCUCCGUGCUUCACCUUCUCAGUAACAAAAGAGUCCAAUCUUAUCGUGAUGUUAGAGAAGAAGAAACAUCAAACAUGAUUGAAAAAAUUAGGCAAGAGUAUGAUUCUUCGAAUUCAGUGAUAGACUUGAGAGAUCUUUUAAGUUGUAUGACAAAUAACAUAAUCAGCAGAGUGGCCACAGGGAGGACAUACAAUGAAGGGGAAAGUGGAAUAGUUGUCAAGGCUCUUCUAGAAGAACUUCUAGAACUUUUAGGUAUUUUUAACAUUGGGGAUUAUAUUCCAUGGCUUAAAUGGGUCAAUAAAAUCACUGGUCUGAACACCAGAGUGAAGAAAGUAGCUAAAGAUUUGGAUGCAUUUCUAGAGAGCGUGAUUGAAGAACGCAUGAUUAGGAACAAGAAAGAAGAAUACAGUGCGGGUGAAGCUAAAGACUUCGUGGACAUUUUGCUGGAAAUUCAGAAUGGAAAGGAAACUGGCUUUCCUCUUCAAAGAGAUUCAUUGAAAGCUAUUCUAUUGGUAAUUUAAUUAGCAUCUCUCUUAUACUAAUUCCCUCCUUGGCGUGUGUCUUGUUUCAAUUUUUCCUUUAAGCGUUAGUUUGAAUAUAAUUCGUACUGAUAUAUUAUUUCGUAGUUAAAAACUUGAUUGCAUAUGUUCAAAACUUAAAGAAACAUUUUUUUUUAGAAUACGUUAAAGGCUAAAGGUAUAUAUAUUUUUUAUCAACCACUAUGAGAUGAUACAUUUUAAAGUUGCCUUUCCUGAUGCUAUUUCCAGAUUUUUGAGCUCAAAGCUCAAAAGAUACUUCCGAAAUUUCAAAAGAAAAAAUGAUAAAGUGCCAAAUGCUUGGUUUGUUUCAAUGCUCGAAGAAAUACACUUUAAAAAAAAAAAAAUCGAACUCAUUUCAAACUAGAGUUAAGGAUCAGUAUUUUUUAAGCAUUAGUUUUCAACAUAAAGGGCCAAAAGGUUCAA